CACUCUCUCAACGUCAGCGCUCCCCCUAUCUACGCAAAGGAACACCCCACUCCUCGCCCUCGGGCGACAGCGACCCCCCAGCCAGCCACCGGUCCCACGACUUGUCGCCGUCGUCGUCGUCUGUUCAACGAGCUGGAGGAGUCGCGAGACCGGGAAGCGGAGAUCUCAACAACCGGCCGCGUGCUCAUUAGUUCGCAGAGAAGCGGUCGAAAGUACAGGAACUGCUUUCGCUGUCGUCUCGCCAGGCUGCCUUGACCAAGUCGCCGGGUCCCGUGAAACGCUCUCGCCCGCUGCGAGGCUGCGCCUCGUUCGAGAAUUUCAAGGGCGUUCUUGUCGAGCCAUCGCUGCAGCUAGUUUUACAGUCGACUUGGAAGUGUUGCGACUUGCAAUCAGCAGCCUGGAUACCGCUAUGCGGACUUUCGGUCCAUCUGACUAGGCGGCGGUCGCUACAUCUGACAAGGCGUUAUCAUUGCGCCGACGCAGUGUGGUCUGGUGGCAGCCGGUGGGCGAUGGAUUCGAUAAUCGGUUCUCCUCCGUUCGAGUGGUUCCCGCGUGUGCGUGUGCCAAAAAUGUGCGUGUGAAAUCGACCGGAGCGGUAUCGCGAUCGAAAAUGACGGCCCUUCUUUUUCAAGCUUUUACAGACAACCAUCAGCGGUUCGUUGGGACGCUGUAGUGCAAAUCCGAGUUAGUGGAAAGCACCAGACCUCACAGAGAAGUACCGGUGGCUGCUCGGAGUUCACGCACGACAAUUCAGCACUGAGUCAUGGCGGCGGAUGACAAGGCCGGACGUCGGCGCUUGCCCUAUCACGACACGGGCUGGAGCUGGGUGGUGGCCGCUGCCUGUGGCUGGUGCUUCUUCUGGACGAUGAUUGUGAACCGGUGCGGAGGCAUCGUCUUUGUCACCAUGAUCUCCGAGAUGGGUGCGUCCCGAGAGACGGCGUCCUGGCCCUUCAGCCUCCUCGGAGCUGUGUCCAACAUCUUCGCUGUCGUGUCCGGUGUAUUAAUAAGACGACUUCCCCUAAAAACAGUGUCCAUUCUGGGAAGUCUUCUAGUGGCAACCGGAGUGCUUCUUUGUGCUGCGGUCUACAACAUAACUGCCAUUAUUAUUUCUUUGGGCGUUAUUACGUCCAUUGGGCAAGGCCUGAUUUUUCCUUCAAACAUGGUCGCCAUCAACAGCUAUUUUCAAAAGUACCGUGCCUCUGGCAGUGGCAUCAGUUACGUCGGCGGAACGCUCGUGUCCUUCGUCUUUCCGCCAAUCCUGCUGUACCUGAAUGAGACGUACGGACUGCGAGGGACACUGCUCAUCGUCGGUGGCUUCACUCUCAACGCCGUUGCCGGCUCGCUCUUGAUCAGCAGACCUCAAGAGCGCCGGCCCAAAGCCAGGACAGUAGAGGAACCGCUGACUCCUCUCCAGAAAGUCGAUGAACCCCCUACGGAGAAGCAAACGAAGCCGCUUUCUACGUUCCGGAAAGAACUAUCCUUCUUCAAGAGGCCCAUGUACUACGUCAUCGUUGUCACGGGUGUGGUGUACGCGUACGACCUGGUCAUGUUCAACGUCACCAUUGUGGACUAUGGCAUCGGACACGGGCACAGCAAGUGGGAGGCGGCCCUGCUCCUUUCCUGCUACGGCUGCGGGGAUCUCAUCGGACGCAUCUUCUCUGGCCAGCUUUCCGAUCGGAAGAUAUGCCGAAGGAGACACGUUAUGGCAGCCUCCUUUCUGGUCCUGUCCGGGUCCUUUGUGUCUCUGGUCCACUCGCACUCGAUGGCGCUGCUUGGCACGACUAGCUUCGUCUUCGGUGUGGCCAGUGGCAGCAUCAUUAUCCUGUUCUCCGUCCUCCUCGUCGAGUACUUUGGCCUGGAGAAACUGCCCAUGACCAUCGGCUUCCACUGUCUAGUCAACGGACUGGCGACCUUUCCCAGGCCUCUACUCAUAGGUCACUACCGAGAUCGGGGCAAGUCCUACGAGAGCCUGUACGCUCUGCUGGCAGCAGUGUCCUUUGGGACAGGAGUCGUCUGGAGCAUCGAGUGUUUUCUGCAGUGGCUGGCCGGCAGAAAAGCAAAACGAGCCGAGAAUCCCAAAAUACAAGCAACGAGCUGCUCAGCUUAAUUCUAUCGUCGAGGACAUCCAAAUUUGUUCGAAUUUAAGAAUGUAUAUUAUAUGCCAUAAGCAAUGAUCGUUCGGCGAUCCUCUUUUCUGCCGUGGUGUGUGAAAUCUGUGUAAAUCGCGCAUUUCUCUCGAACACCUUCCAGCGGCGUGGAGAGAUCAAAACGAUGUUUUAACGCAUACCAGAAGUGACGUCAUUCAAGAUGGCUGCGCCAUUGUGGAAAAAAGUAUAAAGUUGGUGAAAGGUUAAGAGUUCAGAGAUAACUCCUCCCACCUCUGUCCACUUUAGCAGAGCGAACGCCGGAAAUAAGCUCGCCUCCUUUCCAGCGUUCGCUCUGCUAAAGUGGAGAGAGUUGGUAGGAGUUUCCGCUAACUCUUUACCUGUCAUAAACUACGGUGAGGUUAAAUAUAGAGCAAAUCUCCAGUACAAACUCCGAGUAAGAUUUUAUUUAAAAAACUAUGUAAUGGCUGCCAUGUGAAAAAGGCUGUACCGCCCUAGAAUGAAAACAAUGAACAGACUCGAGGACAAAGAAAGUGCCAAGGACUGUGCCACUACAGCAGUAUUUACCUACUCGAGAAGGAGACGCGAUGGCUCCAGUGGCGUGCGACUUGUGAACACAGUGAGUUCCUAUGUGAUUUCAGCACGUAACGUACCAGCGUUUUGCGCGCUUAAGUUCUGAGCUUUUUGUUUAUGAGCAAGGCAAAUGCAGUGUUUGUUUGUGUAUGAGAAACUAACUCACACAGUCGGAGCUCCGCUAGUUCGUUUUAAAUCAACCCAGUGUGAGGGUCUGCAGAAUCUGCUUGGCAGAAGCGGCUUCAUGUUUGAGAUCACCGACAUGUAUGGUCACGACUCAAUCUGUAAGCACAGUUUACAACUGAGGACCGAUGCAUUCUCUAUGUUUAGUUUUCUUUUGUUGUCAAUAUAAAACAAAGCUCCCAUCGCCGAGAAACAACUCCUUUUUGUGUGCGUGUUUUUCCACAAGUAUGUUUCCAAAAAUAGUUUCCUCGGUCUUUUGAAGGUACCUGAUAUCAGUUUAUGGCAAUAAAAGAAACAUUGACCAUGUCUCA